AUGCAACGCAUCGUGGCCGCGAGUUUGCGUCCGCUGGCGACCGUGCACCGCCCUGCUACGAGGAAUGUUCUUCGAGUGGCUCGUUUCUCAAAGAUCAAUGUACCAGUGACGUCGACUCCAGGCCGCCGCUCCGACUAUAUGAUCGUGGAAUCCGAUAUUGCCGGCAUGCAGCACAAGAUUCGCGAGCUGUAUUCGAAGGGCGACUUUGUGUCUGGCUUGGAGAUGGCAGAGAUCUGCCGCGAUACCGUGCGAGAUCACUUUGGCGAAGACCACCCUGUGUACGCAAGCACGUUGAACAACUUGGCGUUGAUGCAAAAGAACUUGAGUCUACUGGACGAGGCCAUCGGGUCAUACGAGGCUGCUCUUCGCGUGUACAAGAGCUGCGUGGGCGAGAACCAUGCGUCAUGGGCCACGACUCUGCACAACUUGGGUGGCGUGUAUCGCUUGCAGGCGCACAACUUGUCUGGCAUGAAGAAGGUCGAGGGCAUCGAUCACGCCCUCGAGUGCUUUGAAGAAUCGUUGCGCGUCCGUCGAGACAUCCUCGCUCCCGACCAUCCGGACAUCGCCAUCAGCAUGUGCAACGUCGGCAUGUUGUACUGGCACACGCACAAGAAGGCCAAGGCAGAGGAAAUCCUCGUGGAAGCGGCGGAGCGCCUCGAAUCCAAGGUCGGCCCCACAAGUCCGCUCACGGCGCUGGCAUGGAACAACCUCGGCAUCGUGUACAAGGAACUCGGCAAGUUCGACGCGGCGGUCGAGCUGUUUGCCAAGGCGACGGCCGUGCGCAAGGCGUCGCUGGGCGAUAUGCACGUGGAGACAAUCACCACGAUGCACAACUGGGCGGAAGCGCUGCGUGCAGGCGGAAGAGAAGAUGACGCCGCCGUGAUUCAGAAGGAAAUUCUGGACCUCGUCGGUGAUGACGUUGAAGAAGCAAACGAGGACGACAAGGGCAACCGGUUGUAG